AUGGCCUGCUGUCAAACUAGCUUCUGUGGAUUUCCCAGCUGUUCCUGUGGGCCCUGUGGCUCCAGCUGCUGCCAGCCAACCUGCUGCCAGCCCACCUGCUGCCAGACCAGCUGCUGCCAGCCAACCUGCUGCCAGCCCACCUGCUGCCAGACCAGCUGCUGCCAGCCAACCUGCUGCCAGACCAGCUGCUGUGGCACUGGCUGUGGCCAGGGUGGCUGCUGUGGAGGCGUGAGCUGCCGCACCAGGUGGUGCCGCCCUGACUGCCGCGUGGAGGACACCUGUGUGCCCCCCUGCUGUGUGGUGAGCUGCACCCCCCCAACCUGCUGCCAGCUGCACCAUGCCCAGGCCUCCUGCUGCCGCCCAUCCUACUGUGGACAGUCCUGCUGCCGCCCAGCCUGCUGCUGCUACUGCUGUGAGCCCACCUGCUAA